UCAAUUAUCAUUAUCUCUCUCUUUCCCAAGGCUCUAGAGGCAUCCUUCACGCAUGAGUCCUUAGCUAAGACCAUCGGUAUCACGCUAAACAAAAGUCUCAUCGUAGCUCACCUCGGGGAAAAGUUCCUCCUACUCAUUGGACCAACCUGCGCUCAGAGAAAAGUUGACGUCAUGCAACACAAAACGUUCAUUCCCAUGAACCCUCUGGAGCAACCGCCUAAAACUAAAGGUCGUAAAACUAGCAAGAGGUCAAAGCAGUCCAACCAAGAGGAGACUUAUCUCUGCCCUCCGACUGAAGUACCCACUGGAUCUAUUGAGAAUACAGAGUUUGGCAUUCGCAAUCUGACAGUUUCAUCAGAGACGGGCCAGAGGAGGAGCAUAGUGUAUUCUCCAUCUCCAGUUGAGCAAAGGUCCAAUACUCCAGUCAAUUGUCCAACUCCUCCGAUGGUACACGCCCAUAAUCAGCCCAUUCAACCACAUCUUGGUUCCAUCUCUAAUCUGGUACCACCUCCUCCCCCUCCUGCUCCGCCUAGUAUGGCCCCGCCCCCAAGUAUUCCUCCACCUCCUUUAGCUUUUACUCCGUCGCCGUCAAGUAUUCCUCCUCCUCCUCCUCCCCCUCCUCUGCCAUGAGUGGGCGGGGCUUGCAUAUCGUCAAUUAUACACACGUACAUGUACGACAGACUUGAUAUUAAAUGAUAGCUAGUUCAUUUAAUAAUAACAAUAAUAAUAAUCAGUAAUUGUUAUUAAAUACAAACGCUCUAUAAGGAUCCCAUUAUAUUAUUGUGACUGUUUCUGUUGUUGAUUUUUAAAAUUAAUAAGUAUUAUCAUUAUCAUUAUUUUAAUUAUUAUUAUUAUUAUUAGCUACAUAUACUUGUAUGUUUUAUUUAUGAUAAAUUAUUAAGUAAUAAAAAUUACAGUUAUAUGAAUUAGUUUGAGUGACAACAAGAUCCUCACAUCAUAAA